AAAGGGUGGAGAUUGGUCUCGACAUCAUAAGUGGCUGUCUAUAGCCCGUCUGCGGAUGCUGGGUCUGGUUGUAUUGGCUGGACAUCGUUGGCUCGUGGCCAUUGUGGAAAAGUCCGAUUGUUGGGAGUUGUGGUCAAAGGUCCGCUGGCUGGAAGGACGACCGUCGAGCCACCAACCACCGUCGUAAGCCCUCCCGGCGCCGAAAACACAGCCGUCUGCCCUCCAAUUACAGUCGUUAAUGGCCCGCCUGCUGGAAGUACACUAUGUGUUUGCCAGCCAUGACCGAACUAAUUAGCCACGAAAAUGUCCACGAUCCCAAAAUCAUCAUCGGCGACUUUGGCGAAGCCUUCUUUGCCACUGUCCAAGAGGACCGCGGCUACCUAAACACUCCUAUCAAACUCCGUCCCCCAGAAGCCUUUUUUAACGAAUGCCUCGGGCCUAAAGUCGACGCGUGGACGCUAGCCUGCACAGCCUUUGAGAUACUUGGCAUGCAUGGACUAUUCCCAGAGAUAGAAGACUUGUGCAUAGCUGAAAUGAUUAUCCACUUAGGUCCGCUUCCGGAAAAGUGGUGGGAGACGUGGGAAGCUAAGGACGAGUUUUUCUACCCGGGCGGCUCUCCCCGGGAUAAACCUCAGUUCAAGUCGUUAGCUGAGCACAUGCUGGCGAUGGGCCGCGGCCAAACGCCCGAAGCCUGCGAGUUUAGCAAGGAAGAGUUUGCGGCUCUAGAAGGCCUUUUCAAGAAGAUGCUCACAUAUGAGUCCGCGGACAGGAUCACUUCUAGCGAAAUGGUGGCUUCGGAUUGGAUGCAGAAGUGGGCGGUUAGGGACAUAGUGGAGCCAGCUCCGCAACAAGCGUUGCAGGCACUGUUCGAGGGCUGCCGGGAGUUUGACCCGAUUUUCAAAGAGCAGGACAAGAAGCGGUUAGCAAAAAUGGCUAAGUUAAAAGCUCAAAAGGCUAGGGCAAACGCGAAAGAGCACCAGGAGAAUAAAGCGGAGGUAAGGGAGCCUCCAGACGAGGCUCCCGACCAUUAUGCUUGAGCACUAGAAGAGCUGCGACCACGGAGACUGGAAUUAGGGUAGCUUUACAGAAAGGUCUGGGUAAUCUUGUUUAACACUGUUGUGCUGGGGAUAGAGAAAAAUUUACGUAAUCACGGCGUUCGCAGAGAUGUAUGCCGUCAGCUUUUUAUGGAU